GUAAGGUCAAGAGCUAUCCUUGUAUACAGUUUUAAAACCAUAUUGUAUAAUUGUAUAAACAUGUAUUAAAUUAAACUCUUCAGAAAUGCAAUUUGCUCCAGAGUGAACUCAUUUUUAUAGCCUUCCUCUUGCUGGCAUGGUUCUUGUUUUCUCUUAGGCUGGCAGGGUGAUAGCAGUAGGGAAAAAAGGUGAGGAAGGCUUGCAAGCUUUCCCUGUUGUGGCAGGGUUGGAUUUACUGGAAAAUGAAAUUAUCRCUUCUGAAAGGCUAAAGGGAGAUGAACUCUAAAUUUUCCCCUCUCUAAUGGAASUUGUAAAGGAAUGGGGACAAUCAAUAACUAAACAGAAAGCAGGGCUGGCUGUCUUCAUUAAGAUGACACUGAUACUGCUUAGAGCCUUCGCUCCACUUUGAGAAGGAAAACUAAUCCAUUAUUAAUCUGGAUUCACCAUUGAUUUAAAGUUUCUACCUGGAGCUAAGUAACUAUUUGAGAAAUUACAAUUAGUUACUGUGAUGCUUACAUAAACCCUUUGUGUUUGGAACUUGGGGCACGUUUGAGGGAUCAUCUUUUCUGCCUCCAAACCUGAAUGUCACUCUGCUGCUCAACUCUCAGAGGCUGCCACAGUGGGUUUGUGAAGAAUCAAUGCUGUGGGGUUUUGUGGGUUACAUGGUUCAUGUAAUGUGAAAUGUCUUUGGUGAAUUAAAAUAAAUUCUUAGUUUAAGGAAUAAUGUCUCAGUUUGAGCUCAUUGUCUUUGGUUUGGUCAGUACCACUAGCACAACGCUGAUGGUUUAGUGAUUCACUGAGCAGUAGGAGGCUGAGUGUUUUGUAGUGUUCACCCCCUAAGUGACAUUCCUUGGUCUUAGUGCCAGUUGCUGGCUGAUGGCAAUGUUGGCCUCACUAUUGUGAGGAAAACUGGAUCAGCUUCAUUAUGAUCAGGGCCACAGAGCAGGGGAUAUUCUUUACUGACAGGGAUGUUGACAGUGCCCCUCAAUGGUAACAUGGAAUGCCUCAAUUUCUGCAAAAUGUCCACUUUCAAAGGAUGAUAGCCCAGUAGAUACAAAUGCAGUGUUAUUAUAAAAUACUGCAAUAAAAURUUUCCAAAUAUUUUGGAAAUUUCCAAAUAUUUGGAAAUUAUUUGCCAUGCAAUAAUACAUUAAACUCUGUGUGUGUGAAAGAUGAUAGAGUAAAGGCAUGAUACUGGAAAGAGUGCAUUUUAAGAGAAAUUAUGUGAUUUAUACUGCAUGUGUUAUAAAUACURCUAGUCUGAACAGAAACAAAAUCACUUUUUCCUUGCUGUUACAGAACAAGACAGAGAUAAAACAAAAAUGAGCAUUCAAAACAUGCAGAAAAAUCAGUGUGAUGUGAAAACAGAUCUGAAUUUACUGCUUGAAUGCCUUAAAUAUCAGAUGGACUGCCCUCUGUCUCAGAAAGAGGCUUUGAUCACUAUCUAUUCCAUUUGUCAACAAAACAGUGAAGCAAGCGAAUACUUGCGAGAAAUUGGUGGUUUGAUGUUUAUAAAUGACCUUGCCAAGUCGAGUGUUCACUGCAUAGUAAAGGAAGCAGCUUUAUUUACAUUGGGGAUUAUUAUAGAGAGUAAUGUGUAUUGUCAACAGACUUUGUGUACUUCUGCAUUAUUUGAAGACCUCAUUUUAUAUUUAAUGAAAAAGGAUUCUGGUGUGAACUUGAAAAGAAUGUCUGUUUAUGUCAUUUUAGUACUGGUUUCAAAUAAUAAAGAUGGGCAAACCUAUGUCAGAGAUACAGGCUGCAUCAGCCUGCUGCUGCAGUUAUUCAGAACAACUCUCUCCACCUCUGAGGAGGAUCUGUCAGAUGAAAAUACUGAUCCCUGCUAUCAGCUCUGGUCUUCAGUGUGCAGCACUCUCUGUGCCUGUGUGAACAACCCUCAGAAUGAAGAUAAUCAAAACAUUUGCUGUUCAGUUUUUCCCUUUGCCAGAAAGUGGCUUGAGAAUUGCAUAAAGCCUGAGAUAGUUCGUCCCAUUUGUUCAUUUCUGAGUCUCACAGUUGCAAAUAACUCAUAUGUGCAGAAAUAUUUUGUUUCUAUUGGAGGAUUGGAUACAUUAGCCAAAGUUCUCCUUGAGCUUAUGCAUGAUUCCUGUUCGAGUCACAGCAGCGCAAAACUUGCAGUGGUAGUAACAAAGACUCUGGAUGCCUGCAUUGCUAAUUACUCUGCCAUGGGUGUUGUUUUGGCAAAGUAUCACACYGUGUCAGAGCUGCUGAAGCUGCUGUCCAAUGAGACACUGAACACAGGAGAAAAAGUCAGUAUUAUUCUAACACUUGGACACUGCACUGAAGUUUGUGAAGAAAACCAGUGUGAAUUGGUUCAGAACAAUGGUCUGCCACUUAUGAUCCAGGCACUGACAGAAUCUCAGGAUGAGGAACUCAUCAAAGCUGCUACUUUUGUGCUGCAGAACUGCAAACAAAUGACUGAACAGUUGUCUCUGAAAUUAUAUGGUAACUCAUUAAAUGUGAACAACACAGAAGAACUGGACGUGCAAGUCAGAAAAGGAUGUCUCCAAGACUACUGGAAGAAAGCAAAAGAGAUUUUACACAGAAUAAACUCGAUUGAAAAAGAGCAUGAUGAGGAAAGAUUGCAAGGAGAAAUACUUGUAGAUGAAUCUUCAGUAGCCAACUCUGGAGCAUUAAAAUCCUGUGAAGUAAAUCCUGCUGAUCCAAAAAUGUACAUAGAAAGAGCACAUGGACAARUAUAUUGCCCACAGUUGGCCUCAAAGUUGAAUGAUCAGGUUCUUGCUCCAUCUGUAAGUUCUGCUCCACGAAGAAAUGAAACAGUGAGCACUGUGGAUGCAGCUUCUGCCAGACAAACUGAACAGAGGAAGAUUCCAUGUUCAGUUCAUGAGCUGCAAACAGACAGUGGAUCUCGAAGUCACAGUAUAAAUGGAAAAACUGCUUGUGUAAAAAAUCCAUCUGGUCUUCAAGCAGGUGAACAGGUAUUUAAACAACCAGCAGAGACUGUUAGAAAUAUGAGGCAGUCAUGCACAUCAGAUCGACAUACAUUCUGCUCAGAGAAAAYGGAAAAAGCCAGAAGUACUUCAGCUACAUCUUCAUCCCAGAAAAUGGCAGAUUUAAGGUGUUUAGGUUGUACAGCAGAAGGACUGUCCUGCAACAGUAAAACCUUCACUGAUAUGUUACGGAGUUGCCUGUACCGGUGUGACCAUCACAGAGUCAUCCUGGAAGCUGAGGAAAGAUAUCGAAGGGAGCUCUACAAAAUGGCUGCUGGUAUCAGCAGCAGAUCUGCAGCUCACCAGAAAGUACUGCCGGCCCCAGUGAAGAAAGACAGGCUGCAUAAAGAAGGAUCAGCUUGUGGGAGCAAAAAGGAUAGUUUCCAAAGUAUUCUUUUGACUCCAGGUAGAAAAGACAAACACCAUACUUCAGAGAGAGAUGAACAUCRUAGAAAUGCUAGGUGGACAAGCAACUAUAACUUGACACCUGCAUAUGGAAAGUCUUUACAAAAAACCCAAGAUGCUAACCUGAAGAGACAGAGAGUCAAAGAGAUGUGCAGCCUGAAAUGUCAGCACUUAGAAGAAAAUAGCACACAUUCACUUGACAAAGAUGAGGGCAGUGAUGUAUAUUCCCUGGCUGUGAGCAUGACUCCCUUGACAAAGAGAAGAACCCGAAAAGAUUUCACAACUGAAGAAAUCAACUGCCUUUUGAAAGGAGUCAAAGAAAUGGGCAACCACUGGAAUUUGAUUUUGUGGUCUUACCCUUUCCAGAAAGGACGGACAAGUGUUGAUCUUUCCAAGAAGUACUACAGAUUACAGAUGCAGAUGAAAAAAAACCACAAAGGACAUCAAUAACAUCAUCUAAGAGUGCUUUGGAUUUCAYUGCAGAAUGUUCAGGAAUAGACUUUGUAACAGUGAGGUAUUGCCAGAACAACAUGAGCCCUUAGAGAAUUUAGGUUGGCUUGUACUCCUGUUYUUCAGUGACAACUGACAGAAUUGUUAUGCUUUGUACACUUAAUUUACCAUAAUUUGACAAUUUCUUUAAGUGAUGUUAUCAUAGGCAACAAAAUCUCUAUCAGUAAAAAUUACAUUCGCUUGGAACCUAAUUUAACCUUGAAUAUUUGAUCUAUGCAACUUUUGAUUUAACUUUUUGUAGGUUGCUUUAUGCCCUUUGUAAGAAAAGGUUACAUUGCUAAAAUGAACAUUUUAUGUCUGAAACUGGUGUUAAUAUUUUUGUGUCUGAAUCUGUAUCCUCUUAAUAAUUGAAAUGUUUAAAGYAAGUAAAAUAUUUUGUCAUGCAUUAAAUAUGCUGCAUGUGCAGAAAAAUGUAUCUGUGACAGAAAACAGUGAAUGUGUGGUUAAACUGCUGGUAGGAGGCAAAUCUUUUAUGGUUACAGAAAUGCUGUACUCACUGUUGUACUAAAUAGGUAUUGAAAAAAACUUGGCUUCUAUUUACAAUUGGACAAUUUUUUAGUGUAUUUUUCAAGUAAGUGAGCAGAAAUUAGAUUUUCUGAUAAUUAUACUUUUUUUUGUGGGAAGCUUUAGUGAAARCCUUGGUAACUUGAUUUUUCAGUGACAGCCUUAGAAGUUCAGUUGAAUUUUUUACUUGUUCUGAUAAAGGAAUAAUGAAUCAAUAAUUUAUUAUGGAAAAAGUUUAGUUAUUGUAUUCAUACUAGGUUUUCACUAUGAUGUAGUAUAAAUGCUUAAAAACAAACAAGAUAACCAAAAUCUGAUAGACUUGCAAUAAAGRUGAUGCCAAUAAUAUGACAAAUACAUCUUCUAGUGUUUUCAGCUAUUGUUUUAUUAUUAAAAUAUUCAAGCAUCUGUAAAAGGUGUCUCUGAGUGGAGCUGUUACUAGCAGCAGGGUUGAGUAUCAGUGGAACUAUUGGCUGAGAGUGCGGUGGGGUGUCCAUAGUGGGGACAUUGGAGUCCCUUACAYACUCCAGGUAUUUUUCCAAGGACUCCAAGCUGGUCUGGAUCAGCUAAAUUUAUUGAUUUUAUGGGUGUUAGUAUCCAUAUUAUCCUGGCCUGAAAUAUGUCUCAAGUGGCUAAARUAUGUCAGGUGUAAACCUUUACCUGCAAUACUGACGAUUUCCCUUAUCUUAGGUAUAAUUGAGGUUGGAAAGGCCAUGUGGAGCCCAUAAUCUCCUUUCCUCUUUGAAGCAGGGCUGGGUUUAAAGUUAGUCAAGUUGCUCAGUGCCUUGUCAAGUUCUGAGACUCUUCAAGAAAGUCCUGCAGCCUCUUUGGGCAGCCUCUGCUGCUGCUUCACCUCCUCUUGGAAGGCAGUGGAAUGAAAUCACUGGAACRUUCUGCUGGGAUUCAAAAGAAAUCAGGGACCAGGAGCAAGCAGAAACCCGAGGUGUGAAUGUGUGCAAGUUCGUCUUUUGUUCUCCUUUGGACAGACCGUACAGUCUUGAUCAGCCUAAUUUUCUUGUACAARUGCUUUGAAAUCCACACGUAAGGGGCAUCACAAAAAUUAAAUUGUAUGAGAACAGUUGAUACCACUUCUAGGCUGGUUGGGCCACCCAGGGCAGUAUUCAGCACUUUGGAAAGCUGAAAUCACUGAAAAACCACCCAGGAAGGUCUGU